AUGUCAGGGAGCGUGCAGCCACAGAACCUGCUGCUCAUCAAGGAGCUGGAGCUCAUCUUGGAUUCCUGCACGCUGGAGCUUGUGCCAGUGGACGAAGUCUGGCCCCACCUGUACAUAGGAAACGUGGCUAUAGCUCAGAACAGAGGGGCAUUGCAUAAGCUUGGCAUCACUCACGUUCUCAACGCGGCGCACUCCAAGCAAGGCAGCAUCGGGGACCAGGGUUACUAUGGUAACAGCUGUGUUUACUUUGGCAUCCCCGCAGAGGACUCCGACCACUUCGACCUCAGUCGCUACUUCAAACCUGCAGCUGACUUCAUCCACAAGGCCCUGAAGAGCAAAGACGGAAAAGUGCUGGUGCACUGCAUCAUGGGUAUGAGUCGCUCGGCCACAUUGGUCCUCGCAUUCCUGAUGCUGCGGAGGAAUCUCUCUCUCGCCAACGCUCUGAAGCACGUGGUCCAGAGACGCGCCAUCUACCCAAACCGGAACUUCCUGUCCCUCCUGCUCACCCUUGACACCCAGCUGACCCGCCAGAGGAGGUUCUGCCCCCUCCUCUGAUUGCCCCUCCGCCAUCCUCUACACCCCGUCUACCACCCCACCCCCACCCGUCCUCCCCGAACGGAUAUAAACUGUCACUUGUGAACAGUAACGAAGAUUUGCUGUUGGAAUGUGUCGUGUUUAUACUCCUCAUGUGCUCCACGUCCUUGAUUUCAGCACAUUUCGCCAGACGUUUGAUUUUCUGGAUGCAGUGCAAGACCCCGAGAACGUGUGCGGAUGUAAUUUAACCGAGGCGGUCAUUUUGACCGUUUUGGGUUUUCAGAGUUUAAUAACUUCGUGGGGGGGAAAAAAGAUACAGACCUGCCGCUCCAUGAAUGCUCCAAAAAGUGCAUACAUUUGCAUUAAAAUGAGUUUUGGAUCAAUUGCACGCAAAAAGUUGUGUUAUACCUAAAACGACCAUGAGCGGUCAAAAAUGACCGCGCGUAAUUUGCGCGUCAUCGUGCGCGUCGUGUCACUAUUUAUGACGCGUGUCGGUCGCGUCAUUUCCUUCGUGAAGUUCAUCGUCCUAGAAACACACUAGCGCUCUCCAGUGCAGAGAAAUAGUCUAAACUUGAUUUUUUUUGUAUUAUUUCUAACAUGUCUGGUUACAGACGCACCAUGACUCCCACCGAGGCGUUGCAGUAUUUACGGGCGUUAGA